CAGACGGUGAACCAGUUGGCCCAUGCCUUACAUCAGGAUGAGGAUUUGGACGCAGGCAGUCUGGUGUGUGUCAUGUGGCCUAAAGCGAAGUGUGCGCUACUGCGUGAUGACCUGGUUCUUGUGGACAGCCCUGGCAUCGAUGUCACAACAGAGUUGGACAGCUGGAUCGACAACUUCUGCCUUGAUGCUGACGUUUUUGUGCUGGUGGCGAAUUCAGAGUCCACUUUAAUGCAAACAGAAAAGUCAUUCUUUCACAAAGUGAACGAGCGCCUCUCCAGCCCCAAUAUCUUCAUCCUGAACAACCGCUGGGACGCCUCCGCCAACGAGCCCGAGUACAUGGAAGAGGUGAGACGGCAGCACAUGGACCGCUGCACUAGUUUUUUAGUGGAUGAGCUGCGGGUGGUGGAUCGCGCUCAGGCCAGCGACCGGAUCUUCUUCGUCUCUGCUAAAGAAGCACUUCAGGCGCGUGUCCAGAAAGCCCAGGGAAUGCCUGAAGCAGGUAGAUACAUUUACAUCAGGGGUUCACAAACUUUUUCUUGUCAGCUGAACCCCUUAGACGUAAAAUAUUUACUUAAGAUUCAUUGUUUAGAGAUGAAAGAGGAGAGGGAGGACAGGCUGGAGUUCAUUGAUAAACAGCUGGAUCUGCUCACUCUGGACUGCAAGAGCAAAAUCAAGAAGAUCACAGAGGAGGUGGAGAAACAGGUGUCUAACGCUAUGGCAGAGGAGAUCCGGAGACUGGCUGUGCUCGUGGACGACUUCCACUUGGACUUUCAUCCUUCACAAGUGGUGCUCAAAGUGUACAAGAACGAGCUGCACAAGCAUAUAGAGGACGGUCUCGGCAGGAAUAUGUCUGAGAGAUGCUCCUGUGCGAUAACUGCAGCGCUGCAAACCACACAGACUGAAAUGAUAGAGGGCCUGAAGCCCCUGCUGCCCAUCGGGAUCCGAGAGCAGGUGGAUAAGAUGGUGCCCAGACAGUGCUUCGCCCUCAGCUACGACCUCAACUGUGACAAACUCUGCAGCGACUUUCAGGAAGACAUCGGCUUCCACUUCUCCCUGGGCUGGACCAUGCUGGUCAACCGCUUCCUGGGUCCCAAAAACACACGCCGCGCUCUCAUGGGCUACAAUGACCAGGUUCCCAGGCCUCUGGCCAUCACUCCGGUCAGCACCAGCAUGCCUCCUUUUCCUCAAGGAUCCAUGACCCAGGAAGAGCUUAUGGUUUCCAUGGUAACAGGAUUGGCAUCACUAACCUCUCGGACAUCAAUGGGCAUUAUAGUCGUUGGCGGAGUGAUCUGGAAGGCAGUGGGCUGGAGGCUCAUCGCGCUGUCUGUGGGUCUCUAUGGGCUGCUGUAUGUGUAUGAGAGACUCACCUGGACCACAAGGGCCAAAGAGAGAGCUUUUAAAAGACAGUUUGUGGACUACGCCAGCGAGAAGCUACAGCUCAUAGUCAGCUACACGGGAUCCAACUGCAGCCAUCAGGUUCAGCAGGAGCUGGCUGGCACCUUCUCUCAGCUCUGUCAGCAGGUGGACGUGACCAGACAGCAGCUGGAGGACGAAAUUCGGGACUUGAACAGCAAGAUCGACCAGUUGGAUGGCCUGCAGAGUAAAGCCAAGCUGCUCAGGAAUAAAGCCGGCUGGCUGGACAGUGAACUCAACAUGUUUACCCAGCAGUACCUUCAACAGGGUCGAUAGAGAUCCGUCUGAACACUACAAGCUUUUAAUAUCUACUGCACCUAGCCAUGCUUUCAGACAUUUAUUUGAGCUCACCAAAUAUUGCUC